UGGCGCGGAAAUACAACCAGGACAAGAUGAUCUGCCGCAAGUAAGAAAUUGUUUCCAAAGGGGCUUGGAUUCAUUUCAGUUUUUAUUUUAGUAUUUUCCAUAUGACUCUAUCGUUCAAGUUAGGUUUUUGUUAUUGUUUACCUUAUGUUGACCUUUUGAAGACCGUUGCAUAUAAUUUGUCUUCUAUAUUUGAAGUGUAAAAAUUGGAUAUUCGUGUUAUUUUAGAAAAGAAAUUGUCUGGGAUUUACCUUCCUGUAAAUCAGGAUUGGCACUUCCUGUGUCUUACUUUGAUUGAAUAUUAGUAUCCUUAGUAUUUAAUGCUUAAAUACUGGGUUUGGGGGCAUGGAAGGCGUGAACUUGGAAUAGAAGACAAAAUUAGUUGAAAUUUCAAUUAAUUUAUCAUUCCAUUCCAAUUCCAAAGCAUGAAUUCUAUUUUUCUGAAUAAAAUGUGUAAGACUACUCUGAAUCAGAUUUUAUUUGAGUCAUAGUUGUGGUCUAUGAUGCAAUUGAUGCAAGGGGCAUUUCUAUGCUACCUUUAAUUCGAGAGAUGUACUUCAGUUUUUUCACUCAAUGAUGCAUGUUUGAAAGAAUGAUGCUGGCACUGCAACAAAACUUCAGGCAUUCUACUGCUAUUUACAUUAUGUCUGAAUAUUUAUAUUUUUUGAAUGCCUGGAGAUUUUUUUGGAGUACCAAUAACAUAGCCUACUUAAAAGGGAAGUGAUAUGGCUACAGUGGUCAAGUGGCUUUUAUGGUAAAAGAAAUAGUUGGACUGAGCAGAGUUUAAUGUGAUAUUGCGAUCUUAUGCCUACUUUUCUGGUUCUUGCUUGUCAUUCGUCUUCUUGUGUCUCUUUGGGGUUGCGGGGAGUAGUCUUGUUGUCUCUAUUGGUCUGACAAGCCCCAUGAACGUGUUUUUUUCAGGCAGUUUUGUAGGAGUCUUGUGCAUGUUUCUUCCGUUUAUGCUCUUAGGGCAAUUUUGUUGAUGCAUAGUGCUGCUGGCAAUGGUGGCAUUUAUAUAGUAACUAUGAGAAAGUUAUGUAACAUAUUGGGUUGUGGAAGAAAAGUUGUCAAGCUCAUCUGAAAUCAGAUAAUAGUAUGGAGAGCAUCUCCCAUCAGCCUUUAUGACGAUGAUGACGUUACAAAAUCUGUGAAUGCCAGGGGCUUUUAGUAUGUUUUCCAUCACUCCAUCGAAGUGUGUAUGCCUUUACCAAACUCUCGGAGCAAGGAUGCAUGGGGUAUCUCUAGAUGAUACUACUUCUUUACGAUGUUAUGCUCGUCUGCAUCCUCGUGCUGUCAACUGUCGGAAGAAAAAGUGUGGGCACAGCAACCAGUUGAGGCCAAAGAAGAAGAUCAAGUAGGCAUGAGUUGAAGUUACUGGAGCUACUUAUAAUCAACAGAUAUGUCUGGGUGCACAGCUUUUCUGCAUGUAGGGAUUUAAAAUUUUGCUAUCUGCUAGUGGUGGUCAUGAUGGACCAUCAACUGUCUCAUAUUUUUGAUUUGUCUGGAACAUCCAAAUUUGCCAAAUGUUGAAGAUUUCCCCUUUUUUGUGUUAGACAAUGGAGCAUAUUUUUGCAGUCAUGUUUACUAUACAACUGGAAAUAGUGCAUGAGCUGCAUACUGUUGAUGAAUUUAUAUGGUACAUAUCAUCACACAGAUGUGAAAGUGGCAAUGCAGAGAUAUAAAGUGGGAAGGGUCAGCUCUUUGAUAUAUAUACACAUGCAAAUUUGACUAUGAUCUGCUGUGUUCUUCAAUUAAUCUUGUUUCUUUGGUAAAGCAUGUAAUGGCUUCUUCGCAGUCUAUUUCGAAAAUAAAUAGUUUAGGUGUCUUUAAGCUAAGAAAUGUUGCCG